AUGACGGUGUUUGUUACGAAGCAGUUUGACGAAGCAGACACUGCCUUACAAAAAGAGGACGAACCAGUCUGGCAUUACUUCGUUCACUAUCAGAAAUGGAACGUGAACUGGGAUCGCUGGGUUCCUGAACACAACGUCUUUGAUCACAGCGUAGAAAUGCAAACAUAUGCAGCUCGCCUUGCCAAAGAAAUCGCCGAACUAAAAAAGGUGCUGUCUAGAAAAGCUAAGGGGAAGAAGGCUUUCCAAACGAUUGAUGGUGUAGAAUUUCUUCGCGCGUGGACAAAGAAACGCGCUGAAAUCGACGCGGAAUUCAAACUUGGCCAGAUAAAAGAGCAAGGAGUUCCAGCGGAUGUUGAAUUUUCAGACGUGAAGGUGUCUAAAAAACCGCAAUUCAAACAUAUGAAGGAAGGAUGGACACGACAAAACCUAGAAGCUGAAUUAAGCCUUCGGCAGAAAUCUUUGACGAACAAACGAGCUCAAUCCAAUUCGAACAAGAUUUCCCUCCCGUUUGCCUUGAAACGAGUCCUUGUGGAGGACUGGGAAAUUAUCUGUCAGUGCGAAAUGGUACCACAACUUCCUACAUCCGUUACGAUUCGACAAGCUUUGACUCAAUAUCUUUCUACCAAGAACUUGAUACUACCCGAUGAACGGAACAAAGAUCUGUUCGCUCCAUUGGAAAACGAGGCGAACGAGGAGGAAGGUAUCAUUAGUUUGGAUAGCUCUAUAGCUGAGACUGUCGAUACAAAACAUUCCUGUGACGAUAAUAAUUCGCAAGAAUGGAUCGACAUGGCCAAUGGGAUGAUGAUGUUUUUUGACGAGGCGUUGCCAGUUCGCCUUCUUUAUGAGGCAGAGUUACCGCAGGUGCGAGUAAUGAAUCGAAUUCUUGAGUAUGCCCAGGUUCGGGACGUCGACAUCUACGGCUGCGAGUACCUGCUCCGUCUCUUGGUGCGUUUACCAGAUUUGGUUGCUAGUGGGGUCGAUGAAGUGGAAGCGAGAUCAAUUUUCGCAAAAAUAAAUGAUUUUGUACGUUUUCUUCACAAGAACCAGGCGACCUUAUUGAAGCAAAACUUUCGCAAACUUAACAACUUGGAAGUGAAGGAACGGCAAAAGAUGCUGAAGCGAGCUGAGGAACGAAAGCGGAAGGGAGAAGCAAUCGAAGAUCACAGCGAGGCAACAUAUCCAUGACCGCCGUUACUAUGCGCUAAAAAGGAAUUGUCUUAUACACUGCCUUAGAUGAGCUGGUUGACACUAUGAACCACGUUUUUACAGU